AUGCAUCCAGAUGAGUCAGACAGGAAUUUAGUCGCGACAGCUCGAAGACCGCUUGUGAUUGAGCCACACCCACGGAGGGUCUUCUCAGGUCCUCAAGGAGAGUCGUUGCACGCCGUUUGCUGGGCGAUCCUGGCGGUGGAGUUGGCAGAACGGCUUUGCUACUAUGCGCUCGCUGGCAGUCAGGAAUUCUUCCUCGAGGAACUGGGCUAUGGGGCUCAGGAGAGCGCUGGUUUGAACUCAGCGUUCACCACUCUUUGCUACAUUUGGCCGUUGCUCGGCGGCUACAUAGCUGAUGCGUAUCUGGGUCGCUACUACACCAUCCUUGCGUUCACGCUCUUCUAUCUUGUUGGAGUGCUUUCUUGCGCCGUCACCGCCAUUCCAAGCAAUAGAGAUGCGUACGGCUACCUGGUGGGAUCCAUGGGCUUCUUAGCGUUUGGCACAGGAGGCAUCAAGCCCAACAUCUCCAAUUUCGGAGCCGACCAGUUUGACUCCCGAAGCCCAGAAGGGCGGAAAGCCAGGGAAGAGUUCUACACCCGUUUCUAUACGGCAAUCAACCUUGGUGCUGUGUUCUCCUACGGCUUUUUGACCACCCUUUGCUCCAGCGGCAUGCCGGGCAUUGUGUCGAAAGAAUACGGAUACUGCACGGCCUACUUCAUCGCCACUUUCGCUAUGUUCAUGGCAUUGUUCAUCUUCCUUUGCUACAGCGGGCAAUACAGGUGCCUUGUUCGGCGAAACAGUGGGGGCGAUGCCAUUCGCGGAGUGGUCUUGCAUGUCGUCUCGGCCACAUAUCAUGGCUCACUUCGUGCACUUAUGAUCUGUGUGGGAUGGCCCCUUCUGCUACUCGGUCUGUUGCUCACGGUCGCCAUAGCUUUACUACCCGGUCCCGGCAUUGGCAUAGGUGCGCUUGGUGCCUCCGCCGUGCUAGCAGGUUUGGUGCUGGCUACGCUGGGCUGCCAAGGCAAUUUGGAGUGGGUCCAUGAGCUGUCACAGCGAAACAGCCACCUGACGAGACAGCAGACAGCGGACUUCCUGCGGGUAAUGCCCACAUUGGCUGCAGUCAAUUUGGCGUUCAACAGCCUCUACAAUUGCAUGUCAUACUGGUUUCAGGAGCAAGCCUGUUUGAUGGACGUUCGUGUCGGCAAGAACUUGCAGCUGAAUGGCUCCUUCUUCAACAUCGCCGACUGCAUAGCCAUAGUGGUGCUGACGCCUGUUCUCCUGCAGCACAUCAACCCAGCUAUGGAAAGGCUUUGUGGCGUGGGCCGGCAUGUCCGCCUGCUGUUGGGUAUCGCCUUUGCCGCCGGCUCGGUGGCUUGGGCAGCGCACCUGGAGGUCAAGCGUCGCCACGCCCCCUCUCUGGACAAGGAUUCCUUCUGCGCACCUGGCAGAAAGAUGAGCAGCCUGUCUGCGUGGUGGAUGGUAGGGCCCUACGCUGUGAUGGGCAUUGCAGAGGUUUUGGUGAAUCCGUCGCUCUACUACCUGGCAUACUCCCAGACGCCUCUAAGGUUGCGGUCGAGCGCCCAAGCCAUGAACUUGCUGAUGAGUGCCACCUCCAGCGCCCUAUUUACAGUGCUGACAGCAAUCCUUGGCGAGACCCGAACACAGAGGGCUGCAGAGCUCGAGGUCGGGUACUAUGUUUCACUGCUAAUGGCCGUUCCCUGCGUUUGCUGGUACCUUUGGGUCCAGUGCAGCUGGGAAGAGCGUUUCUUCGAUGAAACGGACAGCGACUUGGGCGAGGUGCCCGCUGCAGGACAGUUGAACAAAGGUGUCGCCUACACACGUACAGGUAUGUUACGAGAUUUCAUGUCACCACAAAGCCCUGGUGGCAGUCCCGCAAACUGGGUCGACAACAGUCCAUUAUCAAGUGGUGGGAGCGGCUUUCAGCUGGCUUAUGGCGAUAGCCGCGAGGAUGAGUCUUCCUGCGCUUUUGUGCUGGUAUCAGAAGAACCCAUUCCGCGCUGA